CGUGAGCGGUACACACACCCUUGUGAUUCAGUUUGAAGGAUAAUUGCCAAUGUAGACAUGCUCAAAGCCAUACGGAACGUACGGUCUCACUUGCGUGAUUAGGGCCGGGAAGCACAAAACAACAGCAACCAAGCGUGGCGAAAGACUGGAAUCGGCCAAGCCCUGAAGGCCAUGGUUAGUAAGCCUUAUGAAAAAAAACGCAAAAUAUCCAUAAUGCGACAGGACUGACGCCGGUGAAGCCACACAUGGACCACUUUCUGUAGUUGAGCGAGUUAGCAAGAUGGGGACCCAUCGGGUUUUAUUCGCGUUUGCAGUGGCUCUCUCCUUGCUGUGCUCCCCCAUCCCUCGAUUAGUAAACGGACAGACUACAGAUGCUACCACCACAUCAAGCCAAGACCCAACCACUACAUCAAGUACUGAUGCCAGCACCACAUCAAGCCAAGACCCCACCACCACAUCGAGCCAAGACCCCACCACCACAUCAAGCACAGAUGCCUCCCCGACAUCAAGCACAGAUGCCUCCACCACAUCAAGCACAGAUGCCUCCACCACAUCAAGCACAGAUGCUACCACCACAUCAAGCCAAGACCCAACCACUACAUCAAGUACUGAUGCCACCACCACAUCAAGCCUAGACCCCACCACCACAUCGACCCAAGACCCCACCACCACAUCAAGCACAAAUGGCUCCCCGACAUCAAGCACAGAUGCCUCCACCACAUCAAGCACAGAUGCCUCCACCACAUCAAGCACAGAUGCUACCACCACAUCAAGCCAGGACCCCACCACCACAUCAAGCCAAGACCCAACCACUACAUCAAGUACUGAUGCCAGCACCACAUCAAGCCUAGACCCCACCACCACAUCAAGUACAAAUGCCUCGACUACAUCAAGCACUGAUGCUUCAACCACAUCAACCCAAGACCCCAACACCACAUCAAGCACAGAUGCGUCCACAACAUCAAGCACAGAUGCCUACACCACAUCAAGCACAGAUGCCUCCACUACAUCAAGCACAGAUGCUACCACCACUUCAAGCCAAGACCCCACCACCAUAUCAAGCCAAGACCUUACCACCACAUCAAGCCUAGACCCCACCACCACAUCAACCCAAGACACCACCACCACAUCAAGCACAGAUGCUAUCACCACAUUAACCCAAGACCCCAUGACCACAUCAAGCACAGAUGCCUCCACAACAUCCAGCACAGAUGCCUCCACAACAUCCAGCACAGAUGCCUCCACCACAUCAAGCACAGAUGCCUCCACCGCAUCAAGCACAGAUGCCUCCACUACAUCAAGCACAGAUGCUACCACCACAUCAAACCAGGACCCCACCACCACAUCAAGCCAAGACCAAACCACUACAUCAAGUACUGAUGCCACCACCACACCAAGCCAAGACCCCACCACCACAUCAAGCACAGAUGCCUCCACAACAUCAAGCACAGAUGCCUCCCCCACAUCAAGCACAGAUGCCUCCACCACAUCAAGCACAGAUGCUACCACCACAUCUACCCCUGAUGCCACAACCACAUCAGGCCUAGAUGUCACCACUACAUCAGGCACAGAUAUCACAACCACAUCUAGUCCUGAUGCCACAACCACAUCUAGCCCAGACACUACAACCACAUCUAGCCCUGAUGCCACCACAACAUCAGGCCCAGACACCACCACAUCUAGCCCUGAUGCCACAACCACAUCAAGCCCAGAUGUCGCCACUACAUCAGGCACAGAUGCUACCACCACAUCAGGGCCAGAUGCCACAACCGCAUCUAGCCCUGAUGCCACAACCACAUUGGGCCCAGACACCACCACAUCAAAUCCAGAUGCCACAACCACAUCAGGGCCAGAUGCCACAACCACAUCAGGGCCAGACACCACAUCUAGCCCUGAGGCCACAACCACAUCAGGCCCAGAUGUCACCACUACAUCAGGCACAGAUGCCACAACCACAUCAGGGCCAGAUGCUACAACCACAUCUAGCCCAGACACCACAACCACAUCUGACCCUGAUGCCACAACCACAUCAGGCCCAGAUGUCACCACUGCAUCAGGGCAAGAUGCUACAACCACAUCUAGCCCUGAUGCCACAACAACAUCAGUGCCAGAUGCCACAACCGCAUCUAGCCCAGACACCACAACCACAUCUAGCCCUGAUGCCACAACCACAUCAGGGCCAGAUGCCACAACCACAUCAGGGCCAGAUGCCACAACCACAUCAGGGCCAGAUGCCACAACCACAUCAGGGCCAGAUGUUACAACCACAUCUAGCCCUGAUGCCACAACCACAUCAGGGCCAGAUGCCACAACCACAUCUAGCCCAAACACCACAACCGCAUCUAGCCCAGAUGCCACCACAACAUCAGGACCAGACACCACCACAUCAAGUCCAGAUGCCACAACCACAUCUAGCCCUGAUGCCACAACCACAUCAGGGCCAGAUGCCACAACCACAUUUAGCCCAGACACCACAACCGCAUCUAGGCCAGAUGCCACCACCACAUCAGGGCCAGACACCACCACAUCAAGUCCAGAUGUCACAACCACAUCAGGGCCAGAUGCCACAACCACAUCUAGCCCAGACACAACAACCACAUUAAGCCCUGAUGCCACCACUACAUCAGGCCCAGUUGCUACCACUACAUCAGAGCCAAAUGCCACAACCACAUCAGGACCAGAUGCCACAACAACAUCUAGCCCUGAUACCACCACCACAUCGGGCCCAUACACCACCACAUCAAGUUCAGAUGCCACAACCACAUUAGGCCUUGACUUUACCACCACACCAGAGCCACCCGCCACCACCUCAUCAGUACCACCAGAUACUGUAGGUCCAGCAGUUACUUGCCCAGCAAUGAGUUUUGAGGAUUGCACUGCGGGUAAUGAUGCAGUGGUUGACUGGCUUACACAACCUUCAGCAGUGGACGAUGUUGAUGGUCCUAUUAGUGCUAUCACAUGUCGAGAUCAAGACAACAACGCAGUGACUUCAGGCGGAGUGUACCCUAUAGGCGUGACAACUGUUACCUGUACAGCACAGGAUUCUUCGGAAAACUCAGGAAUGUGUACAUUUACUAUCACGAUCUCAGCAUCCCCAUCACUAUCUGUACCUGCUGUCGGCGAUCAAAACACUGAUGAGGGCCUGCCAACUGCUACUAUAACCUGGCCUGCAGUCACAGCAAUCAACUCUGACAGUCGGCCCAUCAUUUGUACAGACUCCCCAUCAGGAGCUGCAGUCAGGCUUACAGGAGGUGCAUUUGGAGUUGGAUCUCAUACUGUCACCUGUCAAGUCACAAAUGCUGCUGACUGCCCAGCCUCAUCCUCCUUCAACUUUACGGUGCUAGAUGCUGAAGGUCCAACAGUUACUUGUCCAGCAGUAAGCAUUGAGGAUUGCACGGCAGGCAACAGCGCUGUAGUCGACUGGCUUAUACAGCCAUCGGCAGUGGAUGCUGUUGAAGGCCCCAUUAAUACCAUUACAUGCAGAGAUCAGGACAACACUGCAGUAAUGUCAGGCGGAAUGUACCCCGUAGGCACGACAACUGUGACCUGUACAGCACAGGACUCAUUGGCAAACUCAGGAAUGUGUACAUUUACUAUCACAAUAUCUGCAUCCCCAUCACUGACUAUACCUACCGUCAGCAAUCAAAACACGGAUAAGGGCCUGCCAACUGCUACUGUGACCUGGCCUGCAGUCACAGCAACUAACUCCGACAAUCAGCCCAUCAUUUGUACAGACUCCCUGACAUCAGCUGCAGUCAGGCUCAGUGGGGGGACGUUUGGAGUUGGAAUUCAUGUAGUCACUUGUGAAGUCACUAAUGCUUGUGACUGCCCAGCCUCAGCCUCCUUCAUCUUUACUGUGAUAGAUGCUGAAGGCCCAACAGUUACUUGCCCAGCAGUAGGCAUCGAGGAUUGCACGACGGGCAACAAUGCAAUGGUCGACUGGCUUAUACAACCUUCGGCAGUUGACGCUGUCGAUGGUCCCAUUAAUACCAUCAUGUGCAGAGAUCAGGAUAACACUUUAGUGACCUCAGGCGGAAUGUACCCCGUUGGCACGACAAUCAUUACCUGUACAGCACAGGACUCCGCUUCCAAUGAUGGAAUGUGCUCAUUCGUCAUCACUGUAUACAUGUCAAAUCUUCUUCCAUUUGGAGUUGCUGUCGGAGAUAGCCUGCUCUCUGAUUUUGCUGAUCAACCAAAUUUUAUACCCGCUGAAGACUUGGUAUCUCCAACAUUUCGGCCUCUGUAUUUCUUCCCUUACUGUGAUGACCUUUAUGAGUUUUUAUAUUUCACCGAUAAUGGCGUCAUUAUUCUUUCAAAUUUCCGACGACUACGGUACACUGCCAAUGCCAAAUAUGCCUAUCCCAAUCCCAGUAGAUCCUUCUCUGGUGGUACAAAUAUAAUAGCUGCCUUCUGGGAAGACGUUGAUGCCAGCCGGUUUGAUUCAUCACACAAUGUAUUCUAUCAGGUUUAUGAUGAAUCCUCGAAUGGCGCAUUUUUGGCUACUGUGAGUAAUAUUGUGUCAGCACAGUAUGGCAGCUUUUCUGCAAGAUGGGCCCUUGCCAUCACAUGGAGUAACGUCCAUACUGUCUUUGAGGAUGAUUUUUUUGCGACCAGUACCUUUCAAGCGAUUGUGCUGACCGAUGCAGCACAUAGCUAUGUCAUCCUUAACUAUGAUCCUUGCGGUAUGAAUUGGAACCCGGAACUCUCACCCGCCGAAAACAUCAUCAUGGGUUACUCUUGUGGGUCCGUCGGGCGCCGUGUGUUUGUGGACUUACCACCAGGGGCCUCCACAUACCGACCGGGCAAUGUCGUCGGAAAUGCUGGGGUAGGGCGCUGGAUCUACCAGAUCGAUGCACUCGGAUCUGACUUUGUCAAUCCUCGUCUGUCCUGCUUUGAUUGGUACAACCGUCAAACAGAUAACUUGUUAACAUACUUUUCAGCUCGUCGACGAAGAAACACUUGCCCACCCAACAUCAUUUUUGCAUUAUUUUUUGACUGGAGGUGGUGGUUAGUGAGAGAUAGUUAUCUUUUGCCAAGAAGAUUUCCAGCAAACAGUUUUCUUUGCUUUGCGCAUCGGUUUCAACGUAUUGGCUUUCCUGGCCCAUUGUGUUGCUAUAGCACACGAUGGUGGGGCCUUGUUUCAGGAGUCUGGAGUGGACGUGUGGCCUCAGUUAUGGAGAGGUACCCUCCUCUUCGCAUCAAUAGUCCUGUUUAUGAUCAGCUCCGAUUUCAGGAAGACGUACUGCCCCGCUAUUAUUGCUGUGAGCAAUCGACAUUGUGUAGUCUGUAUGUGGCAAAGAGACCGCGUCAGAACUGGUCAAGGUAUCGACCACCAUGGAGGACAUGGUUCUUUGGAGAUCCCCAUUUGCGGACGCUGGACGGUAUGGAGUACACCUUUAAUGGCCUGGGUGAAUACACUGUGGCUCUGUUUGAAAAUGACGCUGGCCAAAGAUACUUUGAGCUGCAAGGCAGGACACAGCGAGCUUUCAACUCCCAAACCCAGCAGCUAUCCCUGGCUACAUUCUUUGCCGCGUUUGCUGCUGAAGCUGACGGUGAUGCAAGGAUUGAGGUAAAGGUGAACAGUGAAGGGACGGAUUUAGAAACAAAGGUGAACGGCAACACUGUUUCACCUACUGCAGAAGGUUUGGAGUUUGGGAAUUUCACUGUGCAGAGAAUGGAAGAUCCAAUCCAAAUAAUUGCCAUCUAUCCAGAGGAUAUUCGAUUCACUGUCAGCAUCCGCAAUGGCUUCGCUGAUAUCUCCCUACAGCCUGGUCAAGACUACAUGGGGAGAUCAAAGGGAUUGUUAGGCCUUUGGGAUGGUGAUCAAAUGAAUGAUCUACAGAGGCGUAACGGUAACUUGCAAGAAGCUACUGGCCCAAAUGGAAACUAUUCUGAUCAAGAUGUCUUCAAUUUUGCUGAAACUUGGCGUACAACAGAGAGUGAUUCUCUCUUCUAUUAUGUUUCUCCUGAUGAGAGCUGGGCAGAGCUGAAUGAUUUGACUUUCAUACCAAAGUUCCUGGACGAUCUCAUUAAUGAAGCUGAUACAGUCUCGCUCCAGACUGCUCGAGAUACGUGCGGACAAAACAAAGUGUGCUUGUACGAUACCUUGGCAACGGGAAAUGAAGCGGUCGGCAUGGCAUCCAUGGAAAUCAACGAUCAGAAUACUGCUGAUUUCAUGACUGCAACCAAUUCCCCUCCCAACUUUACGCUGAUCAUUGAGGAAAUUGAGGUGGUCGUUGGGCAGCCUUUUACAUUGCAACUAGAAGCUGUCGAUCCUGAUGGGGACCAAAUUUCAUUUGAGUUGCUGGAAAUAAUUCCAGGUGCAUCUCUCACCUCUCCAGGAGGGCUGUUCACUUGGACACCGGUUGACAGGUCAGCGGUCAGCCUGGGUUUCUUAGCAAGUGACGGGAGUGCCAAUGCUACACUAGAACUAGUUGUGAAACUUUGCGGUUGCAUGAACAAUGCCACCUGUCUGUAUGAUCAGUUUGUGUCUGGAACCAACGUUAUGGCAGACCGCUUUGGUGUGGUGUUGUGUAACUGUACGCCCGGCUGGUCAGGGGAAUUCUGCGAGGUAAACUUUGACGCCUGUGGAGACAACCCAUGCUAUCCAGGAGUGGCUUGUUUUGAUGACGACCCACCAUCCCUGAAUUUCACCUGUGGAUCUUGUCCAGCAGGAUUGGAGGGAGAUGGCAGGAUAUGCAUUGACAUUGAUGAGUGUGUUUUGUACCGAGAUGAGCCUGCCAGUAGUAACGGACGAGGUUGUGACCAGAAUUGCUUCAAUAGCCUCGCCAGCUUCAACUGCAGCUGCAACUCCGGAUAUCUCUUGUUUGUAGAUGGGAAACGUUGUAUUGAUAUUGAUGAAUGUGACCUUCGGAUAGACAACUGUGCUGAUGAUGCCAUGUGCAACAACACCGUGGGUAGCUUUGAGUGCAUCUGUAAUGAAGGCUUCAUGGAUGUCACUGGUGAUGGCACAUUCUGUCAAGAUAUCAACGAAUGCACUGGAGUAAAUGGCUGUGACAGCAAUGCUACCUGUGGUAACACCAUUGGUUCUUAUCGCUGUACAUGCAAUGAAGGCUACGAAGGCAGUGGAUUCACUUGUGCAGAUAUUGACGAGUGUAGUAGAAGUCUUGAUGACUGCCACACCCAAGCAAACUGUACCAACACUAAUGGGUCAUACAACUGCACCUGUAAUGAUGGCUGGGCUGGCAAUGGACGUACGUGUACUAACGAGAACGAAUGCCAGAGGUCGCAACCAGUCUGCAACGUAAAUGCGACCUGCACUGAUACCAUUGGCAGCUUCAGCUGCCAAUGUAAUGUUGGCUUCACAGGGGAUGGUCUGGAUUGCCAAGAUAUUGAUGAAUGUGCACUAGAUAUUGACGGCUGCCGGCAGGAAUGUGUCAACAACAUAGGUUCAUUUAAGUGCACGUGCAAUGAAGCAUUCACUCAGCAACCAGAUGGAAGUUGUGUGGCUCAGAACAACUGCUCUGCAUCUGCCAUGUGCAUCAACGGUGACUGUUAUUUGAAUGGAUCUAAUGUUGAGACUUGUCUGUGCUACAGUGGUUAUGAAAUAGCUACUGACCCCAUGGUGUGUGAAGAUAUUGACGAAUGUGCGACAGGUACCGAUAACUGUGCUGCAAUGGUACAAUGUAACAACACUGUAGGUGGAUACGAUUGCCUUUGUCGAGCUGGGUUUGAACUGAACAAUGAUCAACGAAGCUGCUCAGAUAUUGAUGAAUGCACGCUGCCAAUAAAUGAUCCUUUGUUUGCCGGCUGCGAUCAGAAUGCGUUGUGCUUCAACCGUCCGGGUUCGUUUCUGUGCACUUGUGACAGUGGAUAUGAAGGCAAUGGUACAGUCUGUUCAAAUAUUGACGAGUGUAGUUCAGCUAUGAGCCCUUGUCUGGCAAAUGCGACAUGCACGGACACUGAUGGGAGCUACCUCUGUGUGUGUGAUGACGGUUUCCGUGGCGACGGUCGUGUCUUGUGCGUGAACAUCAAUGAAUGUGAGGAGAAUCCCAACAUUUGCCACUCAUUGGCAAUGUGCACCGAUUCUUUGGGGAGCUACCAGUGUGACUGUAACCAAGGAUACCAAGGCAAUGGCACAUUUUGCGAAGAUAUUAAUGAAUGUACAAGCAAUAGUCAUGAGUGUGCUGCAGGCAGGGCUGACUGCCUUAACAACGAUGGUAGUUUCACCUGCACCUGCAUGGAUGGCUACGUAUCAACCCCAGGAAUGAUUUCCGGCCGGCAGUGUGAUGAUAUUGACGAGUGUGCGUUGGAAUUGGAUACAUGCACUGUAUCAGUCUCUGUAUGUAACAACAUCAACGGAAGCUAUACGUGUGAAUGCUUAACUGGAUAUGAGAAGAAUAUGAAUCAGUGUGUAGAUGUGAAUGAAUGUAAUCAGGGAACUCCAUGUGCCUCACAAGACAACUCAGAGUGCGUCAAUUUACCGGCAAGCUUUGAUUGUCAGUGUAUCAUGGGAUAUUAUCUUGAAAACACAACGUGUCAAGCUGGUGUCUCGUACAAUGCGUCUGCAAUCUUUGAAAUCGUCAGUGGCCUUCUUGUUGGGAGCCCUUCCUUCGACCUUGAGACUGGCUAUGUAACUUACCGAUCUGACUUGAAACAGUCCAUUGAAACAGCCUUCCGGGGCUCAACCCUUUCCAGUAACUUUGGGGAUGUCACCGUCUCUGAUAUUUCAUUGGCGUCUGAAUUAUCAGUGCUCGUGAGAUUUGUUAUCAAUCUUCAAAGUGCCCAGCCGGAAGAGACAAUCAUCAUGGCUUUCCUGAGCCAGCUUACUGGAGCCACUGGGGGUCAGUUGGCCCCAGAUCACCGCCUGAUCAGAUCCACAUUCAUUAUUGGAGAUCCUAAUUGUAAUGCAGCUCCGUGUGCCAAUGGUGGAACGUGUGCAGAAGACAACUCGUUACCUGCAGGAUAUGUGUGCAGCUGCCUGUUGGGCUUUAGUGGACAAAACUGUGAAAUUGGACCAUGUGGCAACAGUCCUUGUAUGAAUGGUGCAACCUGCAGUGUUAAUUCAACAACAAGCACAGGAUACCUGUGUUUAUGUGCUCGAGGGUACACUGGACUGCAGUGUCAAACAACAGUGCCCUGCGAUCUUGGUAAUGAGUGCACAAAUGGAGCUACUUGUGUUAACAUGCCAAACAGCAUCCGUGGAUACACAUGCGCAUGCCCUGAUGGAUUUUCGGGCGAAAACUGUGAAACUGCAUGCCAACUUAAUAACUGCAUGAAUGGUGGCACCAGAGAUAAUGCUACUUGCCAGUGUGUAUGCAGUCAACCAUGGACAGGAAGCACAUGCUUAGAAUGCUCCCUGACGUGUACAAAUGGUGGAACUCUGAACAGUGUGACCUGUGAGUGUUCAUGUCCUGGUGACAACUGGACUGGACGAGAUUGCUCAGAGUGUCCAUUGACGGAGUCAAGCUGCAUGAACGGUGGCCUUUUUGAUGCAGAGCAUUGCGAGUGCGUCUGUCCUCUUACACAUAAUGGAACAACUUGCGAAAAUGACAAUCUGUGCUUGAGUGUUGACAAAUGCUCAGAUAGUACCACUGGACGAUACUGUGUACCUACUUCAACUGGCUUCACUUGCGAGUGCCGUAUAUUUGAUGGAUUUUUUAUGGUCUCAAGUGUAUGUCAACAGCUGUCAUCAAUCACAGCAGAGUUUAGAGCUGUCGCUGAGACUUUCAGAGCUGUUUACAAUAAUCCUACAUCAUCUGCAUUCAAAGAAAAAAUUGUCAUUUUUGAACGGCUGGUUCUCAUACGAUUGAUGGGAGACGCAUCCACCAGAAGCGUGUUAUCAGCACACGUCAUUCGUCUUCAGUCAGGAAGUGUCGUGGUUAGCAUGGUAUUGCAGUACCCCAGUGUAUCGCCUCAGUUGAAUGCUGACGUUUUAAGAGUUCUAUCAAGCUCCAAUGAGCUAACUGACGGUGCAGUAACAAUUCCGAUCGAUCCUUCUUCAGUUACAGUAAAUGACACGACGACAGAUUGCCCAGCUGACUAUUGCCAGAAUGGAGGGACAUGUUCGAGGUUGGGGUACUAUCCGUCUCAGAUAACCUACUCCUGCAGCUGUGGAGCUUCUUUCACUGGUCAGGACUGUGGGACGGCGAUUCCCGGGCCCACCAGUGAUGUCACAACAAUGGAGACCACAACACAAGCACCAGAUGGUGGUGUCUCGACCCUCGCAAUCAUUCUCAUUGUCGUAGGGUGUGUGUUCCUCCUCCUCGCGGCAGUCGGGUUGCUCGUCUGCUUGUGUUUCUUGAUGAGGCGGCGUUACGAAGCCGGUCUCCACUCCUAUCCAGACUGGAGAAAGCCUCGCGAUCCUAGGGUCAAUUAUGGCCUGUCUGAGUACCCUGACUAUAACAGUCGCUUUGAAGACAACCGCUUUGAAGACAACUGGUACUCCACAUCUUCACUCAGAGACGAGGAUAUCAGAAUGAACCGUUUGAGGAAUGUCAUGAGCCAUUCACCUUACUUGCGACAGUAUUUGCCAAGGCGGGAUGAGUUUGUCCGACCAUACGUGGCUUCCGGUAUGGAGGAGCUGUACAGGGAAAAUGAACGACAUGAAGACGGUGCUGCAGGCCGUGUUGUUUACAACCCGAGUAUCUACAACUAGCCCCAUAAUUCUACAACACCAGCAACAACCACAAGCUGUGUGACGUUUUAUUCCUCAUAGUUAGUGAAACCUUGCAAGAAAUACAUGCUAUUUCAUAUGUAGACAUAAGAAUGUGUUUUUGAGAGGUUUACAUACUUCUGUUACGCAAAAUACGGCGUGACGACGGAGUUUACGUGGUUUGGGUCAUAAUGAUGAUAAUAACUCAGGCAUUUAUAUAAAGUUCUGCCACAAACUGGUAUCACAACAUUUUAUCCAUGAAUUAAAAUGUGUAAUUCAGAAGUGGAGAAUUGAAAUGAUAAUGGGCUAUGCGGCUUAAUAGGUCCAGUGUUGUAGUCUUUUCGAGUACCAAAGUUCUCUGCCAAAUAUUAAACGGGGAAGAGGGAUUCAAAGAAGACAAAAAGUAGAAUUACAAACUAAAUGUAAGACUUCACUCCCAGUUUUGUAAAAUAUAAGUUUAAGGAGAAAAGUACUCGGCCGAGUACUUUUGCAUUACUUUAAAAUACUUUUCAGUUUCGUCAUCAGUUUAAGUUGUUAUAUCUUUGUGCGUGUACCAUCAAGUAUCCAUGUGUUUCAGGUUUUCUCCUCCUAACUAGUUAAAUAUUUGGUAGAGAGUUGUUACUCGAGAAGUUCUCGACUACAACACUGAAUAGGUAUGGAAAAGAAAAGUUUUAAGUGAUGUUUUAAAAAGUCGGCAAGAGAAAUAGCGUGACAGAUAUAUCGUGAGGAAGAUAUCAGUUUAUAUAGUUAUAUAUAGUUUAAAUUUAUAGUUAUAUAUAGUUUUAAUGAGGGCCAGCUUGAAUGAUGUAUAUUUAUAUACAAGGGCUUUUUGCUCAUUUUAGGGGUCUGUAUGAAUGCAGGUGACCAUAUCACAGCUCAAAAAUGGUCGCUGUCCUUUCUCUCAUGGCAAUUGUUUUAGAUUCACUGGUAGAAGCCGACACUACAGCUACAUUUUUCCCACUGGCUUUGGUCAGUGGCAUAUCCAGAUUUUGUUUCAGGGAGGGGAGGCCAAAUGGAUGUCAUUUUCUAAAAGAGGCAGUCAGCAUUGUUUUUUUUUUCAUCUGAAAAUUUCCUAAAGCCCCUCCCAAAGAUGGUAGGGCCUUGUACCAUUUUGAACAUGUUUUUGCUUUCAAUUUCUUAGAAAACAAACAGUAAAACAAUAAAACAAAAUAAACUUUGCCCCUGCCCCUCGAUACAUCAUUGGCUUUUGUCUUGGUUGUUGUCACCGGCAGUAGAUAAUUUUCUCAUACGAUCCACUAAAAACAAAAGGGAGCUAAACAGAUGAUAUCAAAAUAUCGCUGUGCUUCUUUUAUUUGUCGCUUUAUGUAAUGAAGGGCAGUCUGAAAUAAACUGUGCGAACUUGGUUCUCUUGAAUAAUGUUACUGUGUACAAUUACAUACGUUUUAUGUAAUGUAUAUAAUAGUAUACUUUUAAUCACAUAAUAUUCUUAAACUUUUAUGGCCAUCAUACGUUUUGCACUGGUUUUAGUGCAUUAUUAUUACUUGUGAAGUCGACUUUUCAGGUAAACAGACUUUCUGAAUUAGCAUGGCCAGCUUUGCAAGAUUUUGCUUUCUUUAACAUGCAUUCUAUGGUAUAUUAGAUGUUAAAUAUUAAAUAGGCGCAACAUAGUCUAAUGUCCAGAAAGCAUAUUAUUGAUUCUAUUUUGAACAGCAUAUAUGAUUAUAGUUUGAACUAUCAUAACGACAUUUUGUCUUUGACUUUGUAUUUUAUUGUGUAUGUAGUGAUCUAUACUUUGAGCUCACGGUGUCCCAUAAGAACACUCGAAGCUGACAAUAUGAGAAAUCACUGCUGUAUUUUGAAUUGUUUACAGUGAAGGCUGGCUAAAUUUAUUUCUAUAUUUACAAACAUCAUCGAUUCGAUAACUGCCACCUCAAUUUGUUGUACUUAAAUAAAUGUACUUUUUCUUAAGUAUGGACCUUUAAUACCACCUCAUAUAUAUUCGGGGAAUAAGGUUUUCUGUUCUGAAAUAGUUAAAUGUACAUACACUUCCAAAUUGUGUUUCUUUAGGUGACAUAAACUACACUAGAUUAUUGUACUCUGUUUAUUUUUAAUACAAUUCCUUUAUAUCAAAUUUAUUGUAAACCUUUUUCAGGAGCAACUCAAUCCAGUUUGGAUAAAUUAUAUUACCCUCUUCUAUUAAAUCAACCGUGAAUAAUAUUUUUGUGCGUGUAAUCUUUAUGUAUUUAUAAGCUGACAUUUUCGUCAAAGUGUUAUGAUGUAUUUCCAAUUGCUUGUAGACUAUUUUUGGAAAGAUUUUUUAUAAGUAUUAUAGCUGCAUUUUAGGGAAAAAAUUAAUUUUAGGUACAAGUAAAUGUGAAGAUAAGCUUACAGCGCGGAGAUUUAUUUUUUAGCAACCCGGCUUCCUGACAUACCAGGGGUUCUCCUGCAUUAAUAAAACACCCCCACGUUUUGCUUGAUUUCUAAUACUUAGAUCACAUUCGUGGGAAAAGCUGC